AUGGCUUUAUAUGACAUAACAGUUGAUCUGAACCAAAUCCAUUUCUCGCUUCUGCCCCUCUGUGUAGGGUAACUCUGGGUUGGGCUUCAGUAUUGCGGGGGGGACAGAUAACCCCCACAUCGGCGAAGACCCCAGCAUCUUCAUCACCAAGAUUAUCCCCGGGGGAGCUGCAGCUCAGGACGAACGCCUCAGGUGGGCUCCGCCAUCAUAGAAUUAGGAAUUAGAAUACUAGAGUGGACAUGAACCUUCUUAUGAUGGGAUAAAGGUCAGCCAUUUUGGUCAGGGAGUUGGUCAACCAUUGAUUUGCUACUGCUGUGAUAAGAUAUUGUGAAUUUAUCUGCACUGUAUGUUUGUUAGCUAACUAGCCAGACAGUUUUAGAGGAAUGAUUCCAAAGUCCCAGUCGGUAUUAAAUGGAAUGUCGGGGGCCCUGCCCCCCUUGUGGGGGGAAACAACCUGUGGUUGCCCCAUUUGCUCACAGCAAAAACAACCUUUUUUAAACCCAAUUUUCUUGUUUGCUUUUUUUUAGUCAAUUACAAAACUACAUUUAAGAUAAGUACAUGUCUAAAGAUGACUUUUCAACAUUGCCUGCUCCAGAGCGUUCUCACUACUUUAUAUUGUAGGGCUUCCCCCAUGCCCCUUUUCAUCACGGUGCUAGCAGCCACGUGCGUACGUGUGCGUUCGUGCAAGUAGACAAAAACAUGUUGGGUGUUUCUCAAAAUGCGUACUACCGUGCUCCGAGCACGCAAAUUGGAGCACGGGAGGGUCGGAGUAUGAGUCCAAAUCAAAGUAUGCGAAACGGAGCACGGAGGGCACUUCUCGAAUGUGUACUCAGUUUGUACGUAUUUUAGCUAGCCAAGACCAACAACACAAACAGACUAUACAGCGAGUAGUGAGUGGGGUUACAAACAGGCUACACUAAACAAGUUAAACGUCUUAACCUGUGAUUCAAUGUUUUCCACACACAUAGCUUCGUGUAGCCUACCUGGACAAUGGGUCCCAACAAUUUCCCACUCUCCCACGGCAAAUAUCCUGAAGCCACAGGGCUCUUCACGCAGGCUCUAUUUCCCUACGUGGGAGCAUUGUGAACCGCAGGCUCUAUUUCCCUACGUGGGAGCAUUGGGAACCGCAGGCUCUAUUUCCCUACGUGGGAGCAUUGGGAACCGCAGGCUCUAUUUCCCUACGUGGGAGCAUUGGGAACCGCAGGCUCUAUUUCCCUACGUGGGAGCAUUGCGAUCCGUAGGUUGGGAUUUUUGACCUGGAUGUACAUUGAACAACACGAACAGAAAUAACCAAACCUGUCAAACCUGCUAACUAAAAAUCAACGACAAAGUUGGCUUUUUUACAGUUGGAGUCAAUAGGAAAGAAUGUUUGUUUUACCCAAUUUGUAGGUGUGGUCAAGGGGAAUUCCUUAUUAUUACGUGAAUAUUGACUCGGAAUAUUCAUUUUUCAAAUGAACUAGCCAAUAUGCCAACAUUCCAUUCAAACAGCCAUACACUGGCUGAAAUCAGUUGAUGAUAGGGCUUAGACAAGUUGUAAAUGCAACAAGUACUGAUAUUGUAUCAUAUAAUAACACUCACAGCUUUCCAAGAAAACAGAAAUUGAGGUUUUUAUGGUCGGUGUUACGUUCCCCAGCAAGAAACCAAAAAGCGUCGCUCAAACAGAAGGGGAAACUAACAAAGACUCACUAAGCUCAAACAGAAGGGGAAACUAACAAAGACUCACUAAGCUCAAACAGAAGGGGAAACUAACAAAGACUCACUAACAACAACCACAACUAAACAGGUGGGGUUCUAGGAGGGGUUCUGAAAGACACUCAUGGGGGUGUCCGCUGAAAGUUGACUAGCAACAACAACUGGGACCUAAAAGACGCCCACCAUGAGCACCCACUAAAUUUGCCCAAUAAUUAAAACCCACACCAAACUUAAAGAGGUAGCAAACCAAAAAGUGGAGCAAAAUGUGGAGCAAAAUUAAAAACAAUUUCUAAAAACCUGUUUCCGCUUUGUCAUUAUUGGGGUGUUGUGUGUAGAUUGAUGAGGAAAAACAUUAAUUUUUAAUACAUUUUAGAAUAAGGCUGUAACGUAACAAAAUGUGGAAAAAGUGAAGGGGUCUGAAUACUUUCCGAAUGCACUGGAAAUAGCACCUGGGCCAGACAAGUGAAACACCUUCUGACUAACGAGAUGACAAGCCAGCACAGGUGUAACAUACUGACUAAUGAGGUGACACCAAUCGGUGCGCCCAACGUGCUAAUGUCCAACCUCAAAAUAUAAAAGAAAAGAAAAGCCUGUAGCAGUCUGUUUACAUAUAUUUUAGAGGCUAUUUAUACAGAAAAACCUGUAUAAACUGUAUUUAUAAAUAUAUGACAAUAUUUUAGGUUGACAAUAAUUAUAUUACACAAUUUGAUUUAUUUGACUCUUGCUGCAGAGGAAAUGACUGAUGUAUUUGAUUCCCCUGGCUGCAGAGUGAAUUACUGAUGUCUUUGAUUCCCCUGGCUAGAGUUUGAAUGACUGAUGUAUUUGAUUCUUCCUGACUGCAGAGUGAAUGAUUGAUGUAUUUGAUUCUUCCUGACUGCAGAGUGAAUGAUUGAUGUAUUUGAUUUUUCCUGACUGCAGAGUGAAUGAUUGAUGUAUUUGAUUCUUCCUGACUGCAGAGUGAAUGAUUGAUGUAUUUGAUUUUUCCUGACUGCAGAGUGAAUGAUUGAUGUAUUUGAUUCUUCCUGACUGCAGAGUGAAUGAUUGAUCUAUUUGAUUCUUCCUGACUGCAGAGUGAAUGAUUGAUGUAUUUGAUUCUUCCUGACUGCAGAGUGAAUGAUUGAUGUAUUUGAUUCUUCCUGCAGAGUGAAUGACUGCAUCCUGAGAGUGAACGAGGCAGACGUGAGGGAUGUGACCCACAGUAAGGCCGUGGAGGCCCUGAAGGAGGCCGGCUGCAUCGUCAGGCUCUACAUCCGCAGGAGAAAAGCCCUCUCAGAGAAAAUCCUGGAGCUCAAACUAGUCAAAGGUCCUAAAGGUAAAGGACUGUUUGUCACCGUGGAGAUUAAAGCUAAACUCAGCGAUGUGAUGUCAUCAUACUUUAAAUGUGUUGAGUUGAUGUGGAACCUUCUGCUGCAUGUUAUUGUCUGUCUGUGGUCGUUGUGCCACUAGUGAUACCCUCUGAAUGAGUGGUUCCCAAACUGUGGGGCGCGCAAUUAUUAUAUAUAUAUAUUUUUUAUUUAACCUUUAUUUAACCAGGUAAGCCAGUUGAGAACAGGUUCUCAUUUACAAAUGCGACCUGGCCAAGAUAAAGCAUAGCAGUGCAAUAAAAACAACACAGAGUUACAUAUGGGAUAAAAAACAUAAAGUCAAAAAUACAACAGAAAAUAUAUAUACAGUGUGUGCAAAUGUAGCAAGUUAUGGAGGUAAGGCAAUAAAUAGGCUAGAGUGCAACAUAAUUACAAUAGUAUUAACACUGGAAUGCUAGAUGUGCAAGAGAUUAUGUGCAAAUAGAGAUACUGGGGUGCAAAAGAGCAAAAAUAAAUAACAAUAUAGGGAUGAGGUAGUUGGGUGGGCUAAUUUCAGAUGGGCUGUGUACAGGUGCAGUGAUCGGUAAGGUGCUCUGACAAACUGAUGCUUAAAGUUAUUGAGGGAGAUAAGAGUCUCCAGCUUCAGAGAUUUUUGCAAUUCGUUCCAGUCAUUGGCAGCAGAGAACUGGAAGGAAUGGCGGCCAAAGGAGGUGUUGGCUUUGGGAAUGACCAGUGAGAUAUACCUGCUGGAGCGCAGACUACGGGUGGGUGCUGCUAUGGUGACCAAUGAGCUAAGAUAAGGCGGGGAUUUGCCUAGCAGUGAUUUAUAGAUGGCCUGGAGCCAGUGGGUUUGACGAUGAACAUGUAGUGAGGACCAGCCAACAAGAGCGUACAGGUCACAGUGGUGGGUAGUGUAUGGGGCUUUGGAGACAAAACGGAUGGCACUGUGAUAGACUACAUCCAAUUUGCUGAGUAGAGUGUUGGAGGCUAUUUUGCAAAUGACAUCGCCGAAGUCAAGGAUCGGUAGGAUAGUCAGUUUUACGAGGGCAUGUUUGGCAGCAUGAGUGAAGGAGGCUUUGUUGCGAAAUAGGAAGCCGAUUCUAGAUUUAACUUUGGAUUGGAGAUUCUUUAUGUGAGUCUGGAAGUUGAGUUUACAGUCUAACCAGGUAUUUGUAGUUGUCCACAUACUCUAGGUCAGACCCGUCGAGAGUGGUGAUUCUAGUCGGGUGGGGCGGGUGCCAGCAGCGUUCGAUUGAAAAGCAUGCAUUUAGUUUUACUAGUGUUUAAGAGCAGUUGGAGGCUACUGAAGGAGUGUUGUAUGGCAUUGAAGCUCGUUUGGAGGUUUGUUAACACAGUGUCCAAUGAAGGGCCAGAUGUAUACAAAAUGGUGUCGUCUGCGUAGAGGUGGAUCUGAGAGUCACCAGCAGCAAGAGCGACAUCAUUGAUAUACACGGAGAAAAGUGUUGGCCCAAGAAUUGAACCCUGUGGCACCCCCAUAGAGACUGCCAUAGGUCCAGACAACAGGCCCUCCGAUUUGACACACUGAACUCUAUCUGAGAAGUAGUUGGUGAACCAGGCGAGGCAGUCAUUUGAGAAACCAAGGCUAUUUAGUCUGCCAAUAAGAAUGUGGUGGUUGACAGAGUCGAAAGCCUUGGCCAGGUCGAUGAAGACGGCUGCACAGUACUGUCUAUUAUCAAUCGCGGUUAUAAUAUCGUUUAGGACCUUGAGCGUGGCUGAAGUGCACCCAUGACCAGCUCGGAAACCGGAUUGCAUAGCGGAGAAGGUACGGUGGUAUUCGAAAUGGUCGGUGAUCUGUUUGUUAACUUGGCUUUCAAAUACUUUCGAAAGGCAGGGCAGGAUGGAUAUAGGUCUGUAGCAGUUUGGAUCUAGAGUGUCACCCCCUUUGAAGAGGGGGAUGACCGCGGCAGCUUUCCAAUCUCUGGGGAUCUCAGACGUUAUGAAAGAGAGGUUGAACAGACUAGUAAUAGGGGUUGCGACAAUUUUGGCUGCUAGUUUUAGAAAGAAAGGGUCCAGAUUGUCUAGCCCAGCUGAUUUGUAGGGGUCCAUAUUUUGCAGCGCUUUCAAAACAUCAGUUGUCUGAAUUUGUGUGAAGGAGAAGCGGGGGGGGCAUGGGCAAGUUGCAGCAGAGGGUGCAGAGUUGGUGGCCGGGGUAGUGGUAGCCAGAUGGAAAGCAUGGCCAGCUGUAGCAAAAUGCUUGUUGAAAUUCUCGAUUAUUGUAGAUUUAUCGGUGGUGAUAGUGUUUCCUAGCCUCAGUGCAGUGGGCAGCUGGGAGGAAGUGCUCUUAUUCUCCAUGGACUUUACAGUGUCCCAAAACUUUUUGGAGUUAGUGCUACAGGACGCAAAUUUCUGUUUGAAAAAGUUAGCCUUUGCUUUCCUGACUGCUUGUGUAUAUUGGUUCCAAUUGUAAUAGUAGAAUGCACAAGGUGCAAUUUCUAAAUUGGGUUGUGCAUCAGCAGUUUUAAUCUUGUUAUGUCAGUCACUGGCAGAUCUUAGACAGCUAUUUAUAACUUGCCAGAAAUGUCUAGGGCCCGGUUUCGCAAAAGCAUCUUAAGGCUAAGUUCAUCAUUAGAACCUUCGUAGGAGCAUCGUUAAAUCUCAGAGCUGUUUGCCAAAACCGUCUUUACUGAAGUUGCACCUGUUUACCGACUGCCUCAGAGCACUCAUAGAACAGCUAAGUGCGUUGUUAGAUGCGUUUUUUUCCCCUACCACGUCACUUUGUACACAGAAGACCUCCACUAAACAUAGAAUCAAGAUGUUUAUCUGUCUCUCUGUGACCGCCGAUAACUUCACAACGAAGUUGACUACAAAUACAAAGUUGCAAAUGUCUUUGCAAUUGUUACAAACAAGCGAAGGAUAAAAAUAUGCUUCAAAUGAAAACCAAGAUGACUGCAUUAAAAUAUGAAUAGCCUACCUACAGUAUAGACUACAUAGGCCUAUAUAUUUCAAUGAUAUUGAAAUAAAUGUCAUGUUCAUUCAAUUUUGUUUUAUUUGGCUACCGUCUGUACAUUUUGCCUCGAUAUAUUUAAUGAUGUGUAGCCUAACAUGUCUGCAUUGAUGUGCCACAUCUUGAUUUAGUACAUUAUUAUAGGGUAAGAAUUAGAAGAAGCUGCUUCAAUAUUUGCAGCCAUAGGUGCUAAUAUCUCUCUAUGAGCUGAUCCAUCGUCAGUAUUGUGGAAUAAUUAUAUGAUGUUAAGGUAAGAUUUGCCUUUCUUUCAAUCCUAUCAGUAUCGACACAUGCUCCAACGACGCACUUAGCGACCCGUUCUCUCUGUGUGGUGUUUUGGGAAACAUGUUACAUCUUGUAGGAAAGAUGCAUUGUUAAAACACUCGUAAGCCUAAGUUCCAUCGCUAUGGGAACCGUGCCCAGAUCAACUAACCCUCCCACUGGGCACAGACCUAAUUUUAAAAUCAAGUUUUGGUUUACAUUUGGUUGAGUUGUCAACUGACGUGAAUUCAACUUGAAAUCAACCAAAACUGUCACCAUGUCAUUUGAUUUAGGUUAACAGUUGGGUAAAAAAAAAAAAAAAGAAGAAAUUGCCUUUCUUCAAAUCCAAUCAGUUUUCCACGUUGAUUCAACGUCAUCACAUUUUUUGUUGAAAUGAUGUGGAAACAACGUUGAUUCAACAGUUUUUGCCCAGUGGGAUGUCAGUUACCAUUUCUUUGUAAUGUUUGAGUCACUCAGAUAUCACAUGAACACACAUAGUACAUGGCAAAAUGUGUAGAAUAGCAGGACGUUUGCUUUAAAACCGCUAAAUGUUCACUCCACCCCAUGGCAAAAUAUGUAGAAUUGUAGGAUAUUAGCUUUAAAUAAAAAAUUUAAAUCUGCACCCCAUGGCAAAAUGUAUAGAAUUGCAGGAAAUAAUCUUUAAACCUAAAUGAUCGAAGGGGGGCCCGAGUGAAAAAGUUUGGGAGCCACUGCUCUGAAUGACCCCUGAGGGGAUUAAUACAGUAAUUAUUAUUAUAUUUACACUGUUUUAUUGUGUUGUAACGAGCUUCCCUCCCUCCCCUUCUCUCUCUCCCUCCCUCCCUCUCUCUCUCUACCCUUCUCUUUCUCCUUUCUCUCUCUUCUCUCUGUCCCUCUUUCCCUGUCCCUCCCUCCCUCCCUCCCUCCAGGUUUAGGAUUCAGUAUUGCAGGGGGAGUAGGGAACCAGCACAUUCCAGGAGACAACAGCAUCUAUGUCACCAAGGUCAUCGAGGGAGGGGCUGCACACAAAGACCAGAGGCUGCAGAUUGGAGACAAACUAUUGGCUGUAAGAACAUAACAAUGUAGUGACAUCUACUAACUGAAAGACUUCCCACUGGGCACUGACAUCACAUCAACGUCUAGUUUUGAUUUACAUUUGAUUGAGUUGUUGACUAACGUGAAUUGGACCUGAAAUCAACAACAAUUUGAACCAUGACAUUGGAUUUAGUUUUAAAGUUGUAGUCCUUUGUAGCGUUGGUGGUAGAGCAUGGCGUUGAUUCCCUUACGUAAAAUGUAUGCAUGCAUGACUGUAAGUCACUUUGGAAAAAAGUGUCUGCUAAAUUACAUAUUAUAUUUUUAUUAUAAAAGUGGGUGAAAAAAAGACACAAAUUCCCAAAGUUCCUUUACAUUGAUGACUUUUUGCGAAUCCAAUCAGUUUUCCACAUUGAUUCAACGUGGUCCUCUGUAGCUCAGCUGGUAGAGCACGGCGCUUGUAACGCCAAGGUAGUGGGUUCGAUCCCCGGGACCACCCAUACACAAAAAUGUAUGCACGCACGACUGUAAGUCGCUUUGGAUAAAAGCGUCUGCUAAAUGGCAUAUUAUUAUUAUAACGUCAUCACAUUGCUAUAUAUAUAUAUAUAUUUUUUUUUUACAUUACUUUGAAACAACAUCGAUUCAACCAGUUUGUGCCCAGUGGGUGUGCUCAUUUUGCUAGUACUGCCCAUAUUGCAUAUAUUGAAUUCAACUGAAUUUAAUGAAACAUUGCUUUCCACUGGGUCAAGUCAACUUGAUUGGUUUGUAGGUACAGCAGUAUCACAUUAUGGGUUGGUUAUUUGUGUGAAGGCUCACCAUGUCCUCGUCUCUCUGGCAGAUACAGUUCGGCAUUAGCUAUGUUAUCUCCAUGCCUGUCUGACAGUGUGUCAUGUGACAAUCCUCCAGAAACAUCCCAUUAAAUAUCACAGUGAGAUAUAACGGGAUGUUUCUGGAGGAUUGUCAGGACAGUCUUUCAAAGUUCCUCUAAUCAUCUUAAAGGUAAUUGUGAGGUCUUUGUCAAUAAUGCCACAGUAGAGACUGAUUCCCAUCGACUCUCCUGAUCCAAAUUACACAUAAAGAGACUUUCCCUUUAAUUCAAAUAGAGAUAUUACCACCCCUGGCUAUGAACAUUCCCCCCAAAAGUAGACAUUCUUUUACACUAUUGAGAAAAUAGAAUAUUCGGAUAGUUAGGAAUUGUACAAUUGCUUAACAUGUUAUUCAUAAUGAGGGCAAGAAAGACUGUUGGUUGGUUUGAUGACACAGUGUCAUAGGUACCAUACCGUUUCACAUUUACCGUUGACUCGCUCAGGUCAGGACACUAUUGCCUUACCUACAUACCUGAUACAAUAGCUAACUUAACAAACCCUUCACUUAAAACAUUCCUUGAAGUACUUGACUUCGAUUAAGUUAGGUUGUGGCUUGUUGAAAUCAAUGACAGUUUGUUUGCCUGCCAUGUCUGCUACUGUAUGUAACCAACUGAUGAGCCAACUGACUACCUCCCUCUCCCUCCAGGUAAACAGCGCUUGCCUUGAAGAGGUGAGUCACGAGGAUGCCGUGGCGGCCUUGAAAAACACCCCCGAUGUGGUUUACUUGAAAGUGGCGAAACCCACCAGUGUCUUCAUGAACGACAGUUUCGCUCCCCCCGACAUCACUAACUGUGAGUACACACACACAUACUCCACACAGAUUCAAGUAUACACACACACACACACAUACUCCACACAGAUUCAAGUACACACACACACAUACUCCACACAUAUUCAAGUAUACACACACACACACACACACACACAUACUCCACACAGAUUCAAGUACACACACACACAUACUCCACACAUAUUCAAGUACACACACACACACACACACACACACACCUACUGCACACAUAUUCAAGUACACACACACACACACAUACUGCACACAUAUUCAAGUACACACACACACACACACACAUACUGCACACAUAUUCAAGUACACACACAUGGUUAUCCCAAUGUUUCCAAUUAUCCCAGGGUAGCUGUGAUAGCAGGGGAGUGUUCAUCAGGAUGCAACGUUUUGUUACGUUCAGAUCCUAAUAUACGAUGUAGAAUUAACAUGCUUUUCUGACAUGUAGCCUACAAUAUGGAAUCAGGUCGGCUCUAUUCUGCAACGUUCAACAACGUUUGGCUACUGAACGUGUCACCGGUUAUGUGAAGGCACCCGUGUGGAGGGCUGCUACCAUCGAUCCACAGCUUCCCAGAACUACAGACUGAAGCUAAUCAAUGAAAACAUAAUAUCUCUAGCUUCCCAAACAGAUGCAUGCUAAAUGCUAGCAACCCUGUGUGUUACCAUAGAAACCAGUAGCAUCCCAUCAAAAAGGGCUAAAAUGCUCAUUAUUAGCUUCCCUGUGUGUUACCAUAGAUAACCACUAGCAUCCCAUCAAAAAGGGCUAAAUGCUUAUUUGCUAGUGACCCAGUUUAUUAUUCUAGAAAUCCUGUUUGAAGGGUCAGUAUUAUGACAGGUCAUGUAUCAGUGGGUCUGAGAGGAAUAUAGGACAAAGACUAAUGGAAUCAUUUAAGGCCACCCAGACACAGCAUGUCGCUGGCUGCUGCCCCCAAUAGCUACAGUAGUAAUCCAGUGGGUACAGUGAGUUAGUGGGGAGGGAGAAUGUACAGUGGGCCUAUAUCUGGACCAAGAGGCGUUAGAAUAGAGUUUACAGUAGUAAGCCUAAUCUGAGCCAGACUUACAGUGAGGGAAAAAAGUAUUUGAUCCCCUGCUGAUUUUGUACGUUUGCCCACUGACAAAGAAAUGAUCAGUCUAUAAUUGUAAUGGUAUGUUUAUUUGAACAGUGAGAGACAGAAUAACAACAAAUAAAUCCAGAAAAACGCAUGUCAAAAAUGUUAUAAAUUGAUUUGCAUUUUAAUGAGGGAAAUAAGUAUUUGACCCCCUCUCAAUCAGAAAGAUUUCUGGCUCCCAGGUGUCUUUUAUACAGGUAAUGAGCUGAGAUUAGGAGCACACUCUUAAAUGGAGUGCUCCUAAUCUCAGUUUGUUACCUGUAUAAAAGACACCUGUCCACAGAAGCAAUCAAUCAAUUAGAUUCCAAACUCUCCACCAUGGCCAAGACCAAAGAGCUCUCCAAGGAUGUCAGGGACAAGAUUGUAGACCUACACAAGGCUGGAAUGGGUUACAAGACCAUCGCCAAGCAGCUUGGUGAGAAGGUGACAACAGUUGGUGUGAUUAUUCGCAAAUGGAAGAAACACAAAAUAACUGUCAAUCUCCCUCGGCCUGGGGCUCCAUGCAAGAUCUCACCUCGUGGAGUUGCAAUGAUCAUGAGAACGGUGAGGAAUCAGCCCAGAACUACACGGGAGGAUCUUGUCAAUGAUCUCAAGGCAGCUAGGACCAUAGUCACCAAGAAAACAAUUGGUAACACACUACGCCGUGAAGGACUGAAAUCCUACAGCGCCCGCAAGGUCCCCCUGCUCAAGAAAGCACAUAUACAUGCCCGUCUGAAGUUUGCCAAUGAACAUCUGAAUGAUUCAGAGGAGAACUGGGUGAAAGUGUUGUGGUCAGAUGAGACCAAAAUCGAGCUCUUUGGCAUCAACUCAACUCGACGUGUUUGGAGGAGGAGGAAUGCUGCCUAUGACCCCAAGAACACCAUCCCCACCAUCCCCACUGAUUGAUUGAUUGCUCCCUCACGACGCCAGGACAGCGGAGUCACUCACCACCUUCCGGAGAUACUUGAAACCCCACCUCUUUAAGGAAUACCUGGGAUAGGAUAAAGUAAUCCUUCUACCCCCCCUUACCCCCCCCCCCCCCCCAACAACAACAAAAAACAUAUUGUAAAGUGGUUAUCCCACUGGCUAUAAGGUGAAUGCACCAAUUUGUAAGUCGCUCUGGAUAAGAGCGUCUGCUAAAUGACGUAAAUGUAAAUGUCAAACAUGGAGGUGGAAACAUUAUGAUUUGGGGGGGGUUUUCUGCUAAGGGGACAACUUCACCGCAUCAAAGGGACGAUGGACGGGGCCAUGUACUGUCAAAUCUUGGGUGAGAACCUCCUUCCCUCAGCCAGGGCAUUGAAAAUGGGUCGUGGAUGGGUAUUCCAGCAUGAAAAUGACCCAAAACACACGGCCAAGGCAACAAAGGAGUGGCUCAAGAAGAAGCACAUUAAGGUCCUGGAGUGGCCUAGCCAGUCUCCAGACCUUAAUCCCAUAGAAAAAUCUGUGGAGGGAGCUGAAGGUUCGAGUUGCCAAACGUCAGCCUCGAAACCUUAAUGACUUGGAGAAGAUCUGCAAAGAGGAGUGGGACAAAAUCCCUCCUGUGCGCAAACCUGGUGGCCAACUACAAGAUGUGUGCAAACCUGGUGGCCAACUACAAGAAUCGUCUGACCUCUGUGAUUGCCAACAAGGGUUUUGCCACCAAGUACUAAGUUAUGUUUUGCAGAGGGGUCAAAUACUUAUUUCCCUCAUUAAAAUGCAAAUCAAUUUAUAACAUUUUUGACAUGCGUUUUUCUGGAUUUUUUUGUUGUUAUUCUGUCGCUCACUGUUCAAAUAAACCUACCAUUAAAAUUAUAGACUGAUCAUGUCUUUGUCAUUGGGCAAACAUACAAAAUCAGCAGGGGAUCAAAUACUUUUUCCCUCACUGUAUUAUGAAGGAGGACGUGUUCCCGUCAGAAGCAGGGUGAAUGUCUGUCCCCCCUGACAGUAGCUGAAUAUACCGUGGGCGUCCUCAUGUCUGUCCCCCCUGACAGUAGCUGAAUAUACCGUGGGCGUCCUCAUGUCUGUCUGCACACUGAAGAAAUGUGACAUUGGUGGAAAACAUUGGUUUUAAUCACUGUUCACGUUUCAGGACACUUUUCUCACUUCAAUAAACUAAAAGCAUUGCUUUAAUAUACCUAUUAAAUCAUAUUUUAUAUUAUUAUAAUAUUAUAAAAUAUUAUUCCCUAUUUCUUAGUAGCUCACAUCAGUCUUGCAAUGUUGCCUAUGGGCCAGCCCUGUCCAGUGCCAGGCGGAACGUUCCAUAUUGCCUAUGGGCCAGCCCUGUCCAGUGCCAGGAGGAACGUUCCAUAUUGCCUAUGGGCCAGCCCUGUCCAGUGCCAGGCAGAACGUUCCAUGUUGCCUAUGGGCCAGCCCUGUCCAGUGCCAGGCAGAACGUCCAUAUUGCCUAUGGGCCAGCCCUGUCCAGUGCCAGGAGGAACGUUCCAUGUUGCCUAUGGGCCAGCCCUGUCCAGUGCCAGGAGGAACGUUCCAUAUUGCCUAUGGGCCAGCCCUGUCCAGUGCCAGGCAGAACGCUCCAUGUUGCCUAUGGGCCGGCCCUGCCAGUGCCGCAGAACGCUCCAUGUUGCCUAUGGGCCAGCCCUGUCCAGUGCCAGGCAGAACGCUCCAUAUUGCCUAUGGGCCAGCCCUGUCCAGUGCCAGGCAGAACGCUCCAUAUUGCCUAUGGGCCAGCCCUGUUUAGUGCCAGGCGGAACGUUCCAUGUUGCCUAUGGGCCAGCCCUGUCCAGUGCCAGGAGGAACGUUCCAUGUUGCCUAUGGGCCAGCCCUGUUUAGUGCCAGGCAGAACGUUCCAUAUUGCCUAUGGGCCAGCCCUGUCCAGCGCCAGGCAGAACGUUCCAUAUUGCCUAUGGGCCAGCCCUGUUUAGUGCCAGGCAGAACGUUCCAUAUUGCCUAUGGGCCAGCCCUGUUUAGUGCCAGGCAGAACGCUCCAGUAUUUCACAUGGACAAUGUUAUUGAUAGUUCUGUUCUGGUGCUUGUGCCAUUGCUGAAGGUCGUCUUCAUUUAAGGAGAUUACCUCCCCCUGUCAGGGGAGCCAUAAAGCAUGUGUUUUAUAGUAUCCUGCUCUGCCUAUGUCUGUCUACACCAGGGAGGGCUCAAGGUGAAGUGAGCUAUUAGCCUAGCCUAGCUCCUCCCUCACUAAGCAGCAUUUUAUCAUUUAUAGUUUAUCUUAGCAUUAGCCGCUAAUGCUAACUCGCUAUCUAUCUACACACUGAGGCGGAGACCCAUUAUAUUGAUACAGGUUGCGUGUGUGUGUUAUUUCUUUAGCGUAUUCCCCUCACAUGGACAACCAUAUCAGCCCUUCCAACUACCUGAGCCGGCCCCAUACCCCCGCCACGCCUGGGCGCUACUCACCCAUCCCCAAGAGCAUGCUGGGAGACGACGAGGUUACUAGGUAAACUGUGUGAUGAUAUACACAUGACAUUUGAUCCCUUUUCUUUUACAAAGGGUUACAUGUUCAUAUGUUAUGUUUUGUUAAUGUUUUGUGUUGGUUUAUGAGUGUAAUAGACAAGGGGAGUGUGUUGCCGUCGUUAGUUGCUGCUGCUAAAAUUCAUCAGUAGCAUGAUGAAUGGGUACUUUUCCUUCUCACCACUCUCUUGCCUCUCAGUGGGACUAUAUCUCCUCCCCUUCAUCUGAGUUAUGGUACUAUAGCUCCUCCCCUUCAUCUGAGUUAUGGUACUAUAGCUCCUCCCCUUCAUCUGAGUUAUGGGACUAUAGCUCCUCCCCUUCAUCUGAGUUAUGGUACUAUAGCUCCUCCCCUUCAUCUGAGUUAUGGGACUAUAUCUCCUCCCCUUCAUCUGAGUUAUGGGACUAUAUCUCCUCCCCUUCAUCUGAGUUAUGGGACUAUAUCUCCUCCCCUUCAUCUGAGUUAUGGGACUAUAUCUCCUCCCCUUCAUCUGAGUUAUGGGACUAUAUCUCCUCCCCUUCAUCUGAGUUAUGGACUAUAUCUCCUCCCCUUCAUCUGAGUUAUGGGACUAUAUCUCCUCCCCUUCAUCUGAGUUAUGGGACUAUAGCUCCUCCCCUUCAUCUGAGUUAUGGGACUAUAUCUCCUCCCCUUCAUCUGAGUUAUGGGACUAUAGCUCCUCCCCUUCAUCUGAGUUAUGGGACUAUAUCCCUCCCCUUCAUCUAGUUUGGGACUAUAUCUCCUCCCUUCAUCUGAGUUAUGGUACUAUAUCUCCUCCCCUUCAUCUGAGUAUGGGACUAUAUCUCCUCCCCUUCAUCUGAGUUAUGGGACUAUAGCUCCUCCCCUUCAUCUGAGUUAUGGGACUAUAUCUCCUCCCCUUCAUCUGAGUUAUGGUACUAUAUCUCCUCCCCUUCAUCUGAGUUAUGGGACUAUAGCUCCUCCCCUUCAUCUGAGUUAUGGUACUAUAGCUCCUCCCCUUCAUCUGAGUUAUGGGACUAUAUCUCCUCCCCUUCAUCUGAGUUAUGGGACUAUAUCUCCUCCCCUUCAUCUGAGUUAUGGGACUAUAGCUCCUCCCCUUCAUCUGAGUUAUGGUACUAUAGCUCCUCCCCUUCAUCCCUCUCUCUUUGUCUUCAGCUAUCCACUCCCUUCUUUCCCUCGUGCUCCCACUCAUGUUCUCUCUCUCUCUCCUUCUUCCUCUCUCUCUUCUCUCUCUCCUCUCUCUCUUAUGCCCUCCCCCUCUCUCUCUCUUCUCGCUCUCUCUCUCCCCUCUCUCUAUGCCUCUCUCUCUAUGCCUCUCCCCCCCUCUCUCUCUCUCUCUCUCUGCCCUCUCUCUCUCCCUCUCUCUCUAUGUCCCUCCCCCUCUCUCUCGUCUCUCUCUCUCUCUCUCUCCAUCUCUUCCCUCUCUCUCCCCUCUCUCCUCACUCUCUCUCUAUGGUGGGUGUGGCCCCUCCCCCUCUCUCUCUCUCUCUCUGCCCUCUCUCUCCCCUCUCUCUUCUCCCUCUCUAUGCCCCUCCCCCUCUCUUUCUCUCUCUGCCCUCUCUCUCCCCUCUCUUUUCUCCCUCUCUAUGGCCCCUCCCCUCUCUCUCCGCUCAUCUCCCUCUCCUCGGAUCCUCUCCCCCCUCUCUCUCCCUCCCUCUUCUCUCCCCUCUCCUACUCUCGUCUCCUAUUCCCCUCCCCUCUCUGCUCUCUCUCUUCUCCUCUUCCCUCUCUCCUCCCCCCCUCCUCUCUCUCCCUCUCGUAUUCCCCUCCCCCUCUCUUUCUCUCUCUUUCCCUCUCUCCCCCUCUCUCUUCUCCCUCUCUAACUUCACCCCUCCCCCUCUCUCUCUCCCCCUCUCUCUCUCCUCUCUCUUCCCUCGUCUCUUCUCCCUCUCAUCCGUUUUAUCCGUCCUCCGCCUCUUCUCUCUCUCCCCCGUCUCUCCCCUCUCUACGUUCUCCCUCCUCUACUUCCCGUCACACGCCCUCUCUCUCAUCCCCUCUCUUCCCCUCUCUCUUCUGCCCUCUCUCUUUCGCCACUCCCCCCUCUCUCGUCCCCUCUCUCUCUCUCCCUCUCUACUCCCCUCUUCUCCCUCAACUAUUCGCCCCCCAACUGCCCCCCCUCCUUCGUCUCUCGUUCUCGCUCUCUUCAUCUCUCUUGCCUCUCUCUUUCGCUCCUUUUCCCCUCCCCCCUCUCUCUCUGCUCUCUCUCUGCUCCUCUUGGGAGGGGAUCCCUGCUGUUCUCAUCUCUCUGAACUACGGUCAGCCGCAGUCUCUCUUCUCCCUCUCCUCCCCUCGUCCCCCGUCUCUCGCCUCCUCUCCUCAUCUCUUCGCCCCUUUUCCUUCUCUAGGUCCCUGUCGCCCCUUCAUCCCUCUCUCUUUGUCUUCAGCUUACCACCUCCCUUCUUUCCCCGUGCCUCCCACUCAUGUUCUCCUAUGGGGGGGGGUCGGGGGUCUCUCCUUCUUCCUCUCUCUCUUCUUCUCUCUCCUCCCUCUCUCUCUAUGCCCUAUGCCCUCCCCCCCUCUCUCUCUCUCUCUCUCUCCUCUCUCUCGUCUCCCUAUCUCUCCUUUCCCCUCCUCUGACCUGCGGUGUCCUCUCUGGGCUUCUCUCUCCACCCCUCUUCUCUCUUUCCUCUCUGCUCAUCUCUCUCUUCGCUCUCCCCGUCGCCAUCUCUCUCUAUCGUCUCCUCUCGGUCUUCUACUCUUUACCUCGUCUUCCCUCAGACGAGGUACCUCUCUGGCUCCUCCUGGGCUCUCUUCCCUUCCCCCUUUUUUUUUUCCCCCCUUUUCUUCUUUUCUUUUGCCCUCCCCUUCUCUAUGAUCCCCAAUAUCAACCCUCCUUCUCUUUAA